AUGGGAGUAAGAUCGAUAGAAAGAGGCGAGGAAGCUGCAGCAAGAUUGAAGGCAUCGUUUCCAAAGGCGAUAAUUGAAGUAUGGGUGGUUGAUAUGGCGUCCUAUGAUUCCAUACAAAAGUUCGUUCAUAAAGUGGAAAAAGAAUUGAACACACUUGAUAUUGCGGUUUUGAAUGCUGGUAUUAAUAGGCACGCGUUUGGACUUAACGAAACGACGAAACAUGAGGAGACAUUACAGAUAAACUACCUUUCCACAUUUUUACUAGCAAUCUUACUUCUUCCCUCGCUGAAAAGUAAAUCUCCGCUAGGAUCUCCAGGAAGAUUGACAAUUAUUAGUUCAGCUUUAGCCAACAUUGCGGUUCUGCCAGAACAUAAAUCAACCGCCAUAUUAACCGCUCUAGACGACCCUAAAAAUUUUGGAAACCCGACAUAUGGAAGUUCGAAACUGCUUGGUCACUUUUUUCUGUGGAAGUUGAUGGAUUUGGAGUAUGUCAAGGCGGAAGAUGUGGUUAUAAACCUCAUCGAGCCUGGGUUUUUGAAGGGGACGGAAUUCAAUAGGGAUGUUAAAGGAGGAUUGGCAAUAGGGUUGAAGUUGUUUAAAGCCUUAGUAGCUCGAACAGUUACGGAUGCUGGGACUACAGUUGUGGAUGCGACUAUGGUGAAGGGAAAAGAGGCGCAUGGGUGUUAUAUGGCGGAUUGGGAAGUUAGACCAUUUCCACCAUCGUUGUAUACGCAAGAUGGCAGGGAUACUAUGGACAAACUGUGGGGGGAGACAAUGGCUGAGUUUGGGUUUGCGAAUGUGAGAGGGAUUCUUGAGGCGAUGAAAUAG